AGCAUCUCGCAGCCCGUCGGCUCCAACAUUUCGCCCAAAAAACCCUGUCACGGCAAAACCCGAGCUCUUUCCAAUGACUGCUGCCGACGCCGAGUACGACUACCUCUUCCGCAUGCUGCUCAUCGGUGACUCAGGCGUGGGCAAGUCCUGCCUCCUGCUUCGCUUUGCGGAUGACACCUACUCCGAGAACUACGUCUCCACCAUCGGCGUGGACUUCCGCAUCCGCACCAUGCUCAUCGACGGCAAGCGGGUGAAGACGCAGAUCUGGGACACCGCGGGGCAGGAGAGAUUUCGCACCAUCGCCGCCAGCUACUACCGGGGCGCGCAUGGCAUCAUCAUCGCCUUUGACUUGACGGAUCGGGAGUCCUUCCAGAACGUGCGGCAGUGGCUGCAGGAGAUUGGGAAGUACGCUCCAGCCAACGUGAAUAUCAUGCUGGUGGGAACCAAGAAGGAUAUGGUCUCCAAGCGAGUCGUCUCCGAAGACGAGGCCCGGGAGCUGGCUGAGGAGCUGCAGCUGAGGUACUUGGAGACCAGCGCCAAGAACUGCCACAACGUGGACGAGGCCUUCCAUGCCAUGGCCAAGCUUGGCCUUCAGCAACCAGUCGCCACCCCUGGACUGCCUUCUGCUUCUACCAGCCAAAACAGGAGGUGAAGGAGCGAGUGACGCGUCAAGAUCCGGCGCCCACGGGGCCCAGGACCACCAUUUUGGGCGCCGGGCAGCGUGUCUCUGCCGACUGCUGCCGCUAAGCGCGAGUCAUUCACUUUUUUCCCAGCGCGAAGUGCGGAUCGGGGCGUUUGAGGCAUCGAAGACGUGAGCUCUGUCCAUG